CUUCAACAACAUUGAUUUCCUCCGCAUUGCCUUGAAAGCGAAAUGCAAGGGAUAAAGCGAACUCGUCAUCGUGUGCCAAAAGCUUGUCUGGUUUGUCGCUGUCGUAAAACGAGAUGUGACAUUCCUAUUAUGGGGGCCAGGUGUUUGGCUUGCGAGAAACGUGAUACCAACUGUGUAUAUAAGGGCUCCACGCAGCAGAGGCCCACCAGGUAUCUUGUUUCUCCUUGUGCAGUUUCCGCGAAUUUCAAAUUAACCAUACAGAUAUAUAGAAGAGAAGCAGGUGCAAUCAUCUGGCUUGAGUUUGAUACCUUUGUCGACAGAACUCGAUUAUCAACCCAGCUUUACCCCAGCCGAUCAGCAUAUUCCCCAGUCUAUCUUGGGGCCAGAAGGAAAUACUAUUCUCGAGGCAGACUUGCCAACUCUAGCGGGGCUUAAUGCCCAAUUUUAUCCUGCCGAUCCCAUUAGUCCAAUUUACCCUUCAGAACCAACGCCUGGAAGAGUCUUUGAUUAUUUCUCGAGAUCGGGCGAUGACGAUCUUCUCAAUUUG